AUGGCAGCACUGGGAGAUUGUGGGAAGCUGUCAUAUAGAUUUCUGCUGAAUGAGUCCAACACAACUGAGUUGAAACAUCACAUGGCCAGGCCAUAUAAUUGGAAAGGCGGGCCAAAUCUCCAGCUGUGGCCGGCUAUGGCAGUCUCUAUUGCUUUCCCCUCUUCUCUUCAAUUCGAUAGCGAAUAUCAGCAGACAUGUCUAGAAACAUCCCAUCUAAGGGAUUCGCGACUGUUUCACCUCAUCCUGCCUCUGAAGCAAGUAUGCAACAUUGAAGCCCCUGGCGCGCUCCGCGAGGCUCUGAAUGCCAGCGCAAACAAGUUUGCCUUUACCAUCGGUGGCAAAAUCGACUGUAUCAGUCUAGGUGGUUUGGCCUCCGCAAUUCAAUGGAACUCGCGCAAUGGGAGUGGCAAUACUGGUAGGAUGAUGUUUUUUGCCUAUCAGUGA